CUGUAUUUCCCCUUCAUAAUUCCAUCGAUUCCGCCCCAAUUCUCACCCCUGAAUUCCUCGAUCCUCUGAUGGACUGUUCUCCAUCUAGCUAUUUAGAUGCCUUCUCUUUUCACCGUUCGGAAUUAGAGAGAAUCGAAUUGAAAUGAUUCGUCGAUUGAGAGAGAUUGAUUGAUUUCAUUGUGUCGUUUGAUUUAGAGUACCUCUGGUUAUGGAAAUGAGCACGCUGAAGCGGGUGACCAUGCGUGACCUGGUCGAGGAAGCCAAGAAGCGGGCUGUGAUUUUGGCCAUAUGCGUCGUGGGGCUGUCGUAUCUCAUGUCAUUGACAAGCUCCUCAGUGUUGGUUAACUUGCCUGUUGCUGCUUCCUUGAUUGUUCUCCUACGAUAUUUCUCUCUGGAUUUUGAGAUGCGGAGAAAAGCUGCUGCAUACAAUGGCAAACCAGCAUCAACAAAUACAUUGACUCCAAAGGAACCUCCAGAACGUCCUAAAGUUGCAGAACGGUCUAAUUGGAGAAUGAAAGUAAAUUCUCCUGCUGUUGAGGAUGCAGUAGAUCACUUUACAAGGCAUCUUAUUUCUGAGUGGGUGACAGAUCUAUGGUACUCUAAAUUAACACCUGAUAGACAAGGGCCAGAAGAACUGCUACAGAUAAUCAAUGGUGUUCUUGGGGAAUUUUCUGAUCGCAUGAGAAAUAUAAAUUUAAUUGAUUUACUGACGAGGGACGUUAUUAAUCUCCUUUGUACCCACUUAGAGCUUUUUCGUGCAAAUCAAGCAAAGAUUGAGAAGCAGCAAUCUGCGUUGCUGACUAUUGAAUAUCGAGAUGUUGAAAUAAGAAGUAUCCUGGCUGCUGAGAACAAAUUGCAUCCUGCUUUAUUCUCCCCUGAAGCUGAGCACAAGGUUUUACAACAUUUGAUGGAUGGUCUCAUAUCUUUAACAUUCAGGCCUGAAGACCUGCAAUGCUCUUUCUUCUGUUAUAUUGUUAGGGAGCUUCUUGCUUGUGCCGUAAUGAGACCAAUCUUAAACUUAGCCAAUCCAAGAUUUAUAAAUGAAAGGAUAGAAUCUGCUGUCAUAUCGAUGAAAAAGGCCAAAGGAGUUACCACCACAGAAGAUUCCUCUCAAAGCAAACCAAAUGGUUCAUCAAGAAUUCCAGCUGAUCAUUUUUCUAGGUUUCUAGAUCCUUCUGUUACUGGUGUCGAACUCGUGCAGUUAAAAACUGAUCAGUCUAAAGCAGCUGGUGCAACAGAUAAUCUGAAUGGAACAUAUCUUUCAAAGGAUCCAUUGCUUUCUAUGGACACACGAUCCUCCCGUUCAUGGAACACCCUGCCCAUGAACUCGCAAACUGGUGUUGAAAGAGGUGUUCAACAACAUCGUUCUGGAGGAGAAUGGGGUGACAUGUUAGAUGUCAUGUCACGUAGAAAGACAGAGGCCCUUGCACCUGAAAAUUUUGAGAACAUGUGGACAAAGGGGAGAAACUACAAGGAAAAGGAAGGUGAAAAAAGGUUAGUUGAUCAAGUUCCUCAGCAUUCCUCUAAGGGGAAACCUGUUACAGUGGAUCAUUCAAAGGUGGUGACUAAGUCCAAAGAGGAGCAGAACCCAACCAAAUUAAACUCAUCUGAAAGCUCCACUGUUCAUUCUGGAUUUAAUGAUCGGCACACAGUACAAAAAUCUUCUCCCAAAUUAGCUAAAAAAGCAUCAAAUUGCUCUGUUGUGUCAUAUCAAGAAAGUGAUGGGCACAAUCUCAGUCUUUUGGAGGAGGUAGAAUCAGGGAGCAGUGGUUCAUAUACUUCUGAAGAUGAAGAAACCACUAACGUAACAGGUCUUGAUUCUCCUGUGAAAAAAGUUUGGGAUGGUAAAAGUAAUAGAAAUAUGACUGUUACUCACAUUCAUCAUCCCCUUGAAAAUCCUGAGGGCCAUGUUACCAAGAAAACCAGUAGAAAGCAUGUUCAAUAUCAAAGAUUAGUUAGAACACCAUCUGGCAGGAAAAGAUCUAGAUUUAGAAUUCAGAAGUUACCAGUUUGGCAAGAGGUUGAGAGGACAAGUUUUUUAUCCGGAGAUGGACAAGACAUUCUUUAUACUCCAAAAGCAGACGAUUCUACUGAUGAUUCUGAGACUGAAUUCUUGGGUAGAGUUCACAGUGGAGCAGCUGCUUCUUCAUCUGCAGCCUCCAUCUCUGUGCCAGAAAGUCAUAGCCUGACAGUUAACUCUGUGCAAAAUUCAUUUAUGGCAGAUUCAUUUUAUAAAUUGAGAUGUGAGGUACUAGGUGCAAAUAUUGUGAAGAGUGGCUCUAAAACAUUUGCUGUUUAUUCCAUAUCUGUUAUGGACGUAAACAACAAUAGUUGGUCAAUCAAAAGAAGGUUUAGCCAUUUUGAAGAGCUGCAUCGGCGUCUCAAAGAGUUUGCAGAGUACAAUCUUCUCCUGCCUCCAAAGCAUUUUCUAUCUACGGGCUUGGAUGUUCCGGUAAUUCAAGAACGGUGUAAAUUGCUUGAUGGAUAUUUAAAGAAGCUUCUUCAGCUUCCUAAAAUUUCAGGAUCACUAGAAGUUUGGGACUUUCUAAAUGUUGAUUCGCAGACAUAUGUAUUCUCAAAUUCCUUUUCUAUUGUUGAAACGCUAUCAGUCAAUCUAGAUAUUAAGCCAUCUGAAAGGGGUAAAGAAGUCUCAAAUCUUUUUGGGCCUGUGAUGAGCCCCUUAUUGACCGGAAGAGAACAUUGUGGCACUGAAAGCAAGGAAUCUGCCCUGCCAACAAAGCAUAACCUAACAACUGAUGGUUUAAGGAAUAGAAAAGAAAUUACAAAUUCCCUUGCAAAAAAUCCUUUUGGAGAACAUGGGAAAUCAUUAGCAGAUUUUAGCAUUGAUUCUCAUUCUAGGGUGCAAAAUACCUUGUCUAUCAAAAACAUGGGUAAGAAUGAUAAAGUGGAAGAUAUUGGUAGACAGGAAGAUACUUCAGAGAUGCUUCUUAAUGCUGCAACUGACCAAGCUCUUCCUACAGAGUGGGUGCCCCCAAAUUUAACCAUUCCCAUACUAGAUUUGGUGGAUGUCAUUUUCCAGCUUCAGGAAGGUGGAUGGAUCAGGCGGAAGGCUUUUUGGGUGGCAAAACAAAUACUUCAACUUGGAAUGGGUGAUGCACUUGAUGAUUGGUUGUUGGACAAGAUCCAACUUCUACGCAAGGGGUCAGUGGUUGCUUCAGGAAUUGAGCGAGUUGAACAGAUACUUUGGCCUGAUGGUAUAUUCAUAACGAAGCAUCCAAGGCGAAGAAAGCAGUCUUCUGUCAGCUUAUCCCAAAGUUCACCUCGUGGUCAGCAACCAGCAGUAUUAUCUUCACCUAGGUUGAGUGAAGAGCAACAACAGGAAGCUGAACGCCGUGCAAAAUUUGUUUAUGAGCUAUUGAUUGACAAUGCACCUGCUGCUAUUGUGGGGCUUGUUGGUCGCAAGGAGUAUGAACAAUGUGCUAAAGACCUCUACUUCUUUCUUCAGUCCAGUGUCUGUUUGAAGCAACUGGCAUAUGACCUCCUUCAACUACUGCUUCUGUCUGCAUUUCCUGAACUGGAUUAUGUCUUUAAGCAGUUGCAUGAAGAAAAGCAUAAGUUUGGUGAAUUCAAAGCAAACUAGCGGAAUUCCAUACCUUGAUUUUCAACUACAGAGAUCAAAGUUAUAAGCGUAGCCAGGAGUCUUUUUUACUCAGGUGCAUUGUUUGCAACAUGUCUGAUGUUGUGCUUUGUUAAAUUGCAUGUGGAACAUACAUUCCAUUUUUAAAGUGGCAAGAGAGGAUCCGUUCAUAUAGAUACAGGUCCAAAAUUCUGGACCAAACGAAUUUGAAGGAAAAAAGGAAAUACAUGUCCAAAUUUCUGUAGUUACUUUUUGUAUUUGACUUUAUAGAGGAAAUUUUAUGUAAAUCCUGAGAAUAGUACAAAAGUAUACUACAAAGCCUUUCUCUCAAUCUGUCUGUAAGUUUCCUCUUCAUUUUGGUGCUUAUGUGGGCAUUUGAUGUAAUGAUAUAAUCAUCCAUUACCAAAGCCAUGAACUAAGGAAGGAAAAUGAAAUUUUUACAUUGGC